GCUCCAUCCUUAGCCGAGCAGCUCACAAGGGCUCCCGGUCCCAGCUGAGCGACUUGUCCCCAGGAAGGUUUGUGGCGACUGUAGAUGCCACAGGCUGCCCUUGCGCAUUAAGAGCCAUCUCCGUUCUGGUCAUGAUGGGACCCAGUGCAAGGAGCAGGAUGUAUACACUGCUGUCUGGACUUUAUAAGUACAUGUUCCGUAGGGAUGAGUACUGCAUUUUGAUCCUUGGGCUGGACAAUGCAGGGAAAACGACCUUCCUUGAGCAGACUAAAACCCGAUUUAACAGGACCUACAAGGGGAUGAGCUUAUCCAAAAUCACUACCACUGUGGGCUUAAACAUUGGUACUAUUGAUGUGGGCAAAGCCCGGCUAAUGUUCUGGGAUCUUGGAGGGCAGGACGAGCUGCAGUCCCUCUGGGACAAGUACUAUGCUGAAUCCCAUGGGGUCAUCUAUGUUAUCGAUUCCACUGAUGAAGAGAGGCUCUCGGAAUCUAAAAGAGCUUUUGAGAAAGUGGUUACCAGUGAAGCUCUGGAAGGGGUUCCCAUCCUGGUGUUAGCUAACAAACAGGAUGUAGAGGAUCCCAAUUUAUGCCUUCCUUUUGGAGGCUGCGAGAGAGCAACUGCUCUGUCAAAAGGGGUGUGUCCCUGUAUCAGCAACCUACGUUUGACCCCCACAGCUGUUUUUCCUCUUGAGACAAAGUAUGAUAAAUCCUCAAAGCAGAUUCAUCGUCCUAGUGCUGCUUAAUGUAGUCAGCAUAAACCCUGCUUUAGUUUUCCUCUGACCUGCAUUUCCAUUGAGAGUCAAUGAUUGCUUGGUUCUGUAAGUCACAAUAAGGAACCAUCAUAGCAGGGGCAACAAGAAAGAGAAGUGACCAAAAUAGAGUAAAAGUUGUUCCUAGCCCCCUAGAUGACUGCAGCAUUCAAAACUAGGGAGGGGAGUCUCUCCAAGUUUGUUUGUACUACUGAGUAGUGAAAACAUCUCCCCCCAGGUCCUUCGUAGAGAUCUGGAUACGGUGAAGUAGACUGACUCUCUUGGCCACUGGAAGCACAGAAGGGCUUCCAGUGGCCAAACAUGUGAAGUUAAUAGAUCAUGGAGACUGAUCACCCACGGGUGGCUGGUGUGCGUGUCCCUUUUGAAAAGCCCCGAGGCUGGCUAUUUUGCACAGAACAGAGCGAGCAGCAGUGAAGGUGGUCUUUAUUUCUCAUCCUGAUUUCUUUUGUUCUGGCCAAUUCUCCAAAGUCUGUGAGUGGGAGCCUGGGAUCUCUUCUGAAAGCCAAAUCAGUUUCCAGCUUAUAGUGAGUCUAAUAUCAAACUAACCUAGCGUUGUAGCGGUAUCCACUGUUCCACGCUGGUAAGGGUCAAGUCGGUAAAGUCUUGUCCCUUCUGCAGGGGUUGGAUGAGAGAAGUCACCACCCUACUAUUGUAGCAUAGCCCCUCUGUUGAGCAGUAGCAGAUGUUGAGGCCUUGCUUUUUGGCUUCUGAGUGGAGCAGAAACCAGUGAUGCAGAAUCGGCUAUAUUCAAAGUGUAACCUAUUGACUGUAUUGACACAGAUACCAAUCCUGGAAGACAGAGAUGCCAGCAGUCUCUUCUUUCAGCAAUCUCAGCCCAGCACCAAAGCCUGAUUCCCAGGGAGCAGCUCUGCCUCUAGAAUUGACUUGAACCAGAGCCUACAGCAGAGAGCAAAUGCUCCUGCUUUGCAUACCACUCCCUCUGUCCCAGAACCUUGACCAGCCAAAAUCUAACACAAGUAUUUCUUCCAAGACUAAAGUUGCUUGCGCACAGAGGAAAAGAACUUGGAAGACUGGAUGUAACAGUACCACCAGAUGAUGUCUGCUGUCACAAUAGUGUGCCUUACUGGCCUAUUUGGAUUGGUACAAGUGAAUUCACUGAAGCUGGUACUCCUUGGACCUAGCUGGCAGUUGUGGUACAGUUAUAGCGCUUGGGAUUGUGAUGUUGUGUGGGCUGUCGAUGUGCCCACACUAGCGGGAGGGGGAAGAUUAAAGGAGGAAUAUGCAGCUGAGAGGUAAAAGCCCCCUAUUACUUAAGGCCUAGAUCCUGCCAUUCAGGAGAGUUUCUACAGAUUGGGGUAGCAGGGGAGCAUAUGGCCCCUCUGCUCUAUCCCAAAAUACCAGUUCAGGCCAUAGAACUGUUAUCUUCCCUGAACUCCAGAUCGUAACACACAGCAUCCUACAGGGCUCUCUCACCUCUUCUCUUGCAUCUUGCUGCUCCUUGGAAUUUUGGAGAUUCUGAAAAGUCACAUCAGAUGUGAUAGCCAAAUGAGUCAGUGCUCUGUGCUAGCCACAAGCCUUCCAUGGAGAAUCUGACAUAACUUAUCAAAACAUAACAAGCUGAAUGUUGUCCCUUCAGCUUCCGUUACUUCAGAGGUUUUAAUGUCCAUCAGCUUAGCACUGCAAAGUCAUACUUA